AUGUCGUCAAACAGCACUGACAGCAGUGGGGUUGGAGGUGGCGGAAAAGACGACGACCUCGAGCUGAUCGUGGCCGUUGUCGCGUUGGUCAUCUCCGUCCUCGCGUUCAUCAUUGCCAUUUUCCAAGCGCUGCAGCAGUAUUAUGCGUCAGCUACGGGGUAUUCAUCAUGCACACCAAAGGUCAUGGGAGAUUGGGCGCAAUUCACGCGGCGCAUCUUCAAAUGGUACGAAUUCCGCUUCGAGGUCGAGUUCGAGACCCCUGUCAUCUUCGUCGCGCCGCCGACAAACCCGAGGGGACCGUUGGGAGAGCACAAACACAAGGAAAUUACCUACAUGGUUGGAACACCGGACAGCUACAAGAAGACAUACACUUGGGACCAAGACCAGUAUAACCAGAUCGACAAGAGCUUGCGGGCUGGUGACACCCGACAGGCUAUCCAUACUGCCGACAACGAACUCGCCAACUGGUUGGGGCUCUUGAUGGCAAUUCAGCGCAUGGAGAAGGAGUCGCGAACAUGGCAGGACAACGAGUAUUUCGGCCAUACCCCACAAUGGCAAGAACAGACGCAGUGCCAUCCCAAUCCGACCAGCACAUUCGUCCCGUACACCCUCACCGUCGGCAUGCAGAGAAAGAAGAAGUCGUGGGAUAGCAUGCCCGACAACAUGAAGAAGCCAUACGCCACCACGACCAUCUCGCAUCUUGUGGAGAUGGCGGCCAUGCUGGGAAUCUACUGGAAAGAAUUCAAUAGAAACGAGGACCGCUACCGUGCUCAAGGAAACGGCUUCAUGAUCACUGGGUACGACGUGGAUGACUUGGGAGUCGUCUUUACCUUCCAGAAGACGGGACCGACUUGGUUCCAUGAGAACCGCGUUGUCCCCCACAACAGCGUCAAGGAGCUCUGCUUUGGUUACUGCCCAACGAUAUUCCGCCAGCAGAAUAGCAGCAAUCACAAAUACACAGACGAACCCAAGGACAUUGGUACAUUGCAACUAGGAAGCAUGUCAGCCAUUGCGGAGACUCUUGUUGUGCUCGGCUGCAAUACCAACACCGUCAAGUAUUUCCGAAAGCCGACGUCUGACACGCGACACACCCACCUCUUUCCAAUUGCAUUUGAGCUUCUCGGCAUGACCGGUGUCGCCCUCCAAAUCCCGGGCACCGCCUUUCGAAUGCUCCCCAACCCAACGAUUUGGCAUUGGGAUAGAAAGUCAUUCUCACUGCGCACGUUCCUGGGCGAUUUUGUCCACGGUAUGAAAGAAGCCUCUUCUAGUGACGCGAUGUUCAGUGAAGAAGUCGGAUCAUACGUCGCCACCAUUCACAAGGAAGCUGCCAAGAUUGAAGACAAGUUUCAAGAGCUUGAGGCGCGCGACGGACCGGAGGCAAUCCUGAGGCGCACUCAGAAUGUCGAAGAAAGAAUCUUCUCCAACGACCUUGUCAUGUCUCUUCACUCCGCUAUCGCCAAGUGCGACGAGUUUCUCAAGAACCAAGAACGCAUUACGUUGGUUCAGAACGUUGUACGCGUCCACUUCCAGGAGGUAUUGCGUAUCUUGAACGACAGGGAUGGGGAAUACAAAACUGUUGUUGUAACUCCAGCCAGCAGGAGCGCCAAGGAUAUGGUUCAAGAGUUGGUUGUGCCUGGGGCCUCGCCCAUGCCAAAGACACAGGAGGAGACCGCGGAGAGUCGGAAGGAGAUUUCCCUUCUUCAGAAGCUGGACUCAGCCUCUUCGAGCGAGAGACACUCGGUCUUGGUCGAGAUCUAUCUCCUUUCAGUCCGAAGGAGGGUCAUUGAAGUAGUCUGCCGUCAUUUGAAGCACGAACAGGCUCGAAGGGGACGAGGUGCGAGAUCAAUCGCCUCUGAAGCUUCCUUGGAGCCCCUCUCAAAAGAUCAAGGGCAGCAGAUCAGCGAUAUCUGGUGCAUGUUGGUGUUUCGCAUGGUGUGCUGGCUGCUUUUGCAUGAUUUCCAUGGUAAGGAUAUCCAAGUUGAGAAGAGCGAUGUGUUUGGUAGCCGGAUGCCGGUCUACAUCACUUAG